AUGCAGGAGGUCGCUAUGCAGGAGGCAUACGAUGCGGGAGGCCUACGAUGCGGGAGGCCUACGAUGCGGGAGGCCUACGAUGCGGGAGGCCUACGAUGCGGGAAGCUCGAAAUGUGGAACGCUCACCAUGCGGAACGCAUGCAACGGCCUGGCGCGCUUUGCCGCAGCAACAAGAAUCGGAACCUGAGAUGUUCCGUCCCCGAUGACGACUUGGAUCUUAGCGGCCCCUUUCUAGCCAUUGACGAACCUUGCUCGUUGACAACCUGA